AUGGCUGAGGGUGUGGAAAGUGCAGCAGCAAUUGUUUGUUUCUUGACAAAAGAAUAUCAACAAUCAGACAGUUGUAAGAAAGAAUUAACCUAUGCUUCACAGCGUGGUAUUCCAAUUAUACCUUGUAUGAUGAUCGUCGGUUGGAAGCCGUCUUCCUGGCUGGGAAUCAGUAUCACCGAUCUAUUAUAUCUUGAUUUUAAAAAUAUAACAGAACAAAAUUUAAAUAUGAAAUGUCAAACAUUAGUUGAAAAAAUUAAGCAAACAGUUGGCACGAAAUGUUCUGAAACCGAUGAACAACAGAUCUGGAGUGCCGUCGAGACAAAAGGAUAUGCCUCAGAAUCAGACGAUGAACACGGAGAUGUAAAUACUGAUUUUAGUUCAAAAAUCCCCAAACCUCAACGACAAGGACCCGAACUAAUUGCAGUAGAGCCACCAAAGACUAAAAAACAUGUUUGCGAAGGAGAUUCUGUAAUACGUUUAUUAACUCCGGGAAAUAUUUUACAAAUCGAAGCAAAUCAAAAUUUGUCGGCGUAUGAUGGUACAUUUAUCAAUUAUUUUUUCAUUCCAAAAAUAAUAAUUCAAAAUACAAGCAAGCAACCUGUUUCAAUCAUUGAAUUCACCGCUGAAUAUGAAAAUCAGGAGGGUAUCUGGUGCGAAUGUAAAACAGUUAAUAUCGGUCCACCAUCUAAUAAUGGCGAAUAUACUUGGUUAGCUGACAGUGUCAUUAAUUUAGAACCAGCGAAACUGAUGACAUUUGCUCUUGAGGUUCAAAUCGUAGUUCAAGGGAAACCCGGGCGAGAUAACCAACGACGAGCUCGUGCGCACAUAAGUUUACCGCAACCACUGAAAAUUCGAGUUCAAGCUCACGAUACAGAUGGAAAAACAUGUAGUCUCAUUGUAGAACAGGCUAAUACUCCUCUUCAAUUACCGACAAAAGAAUUUCUCAUGACAAAGUGUUCAAUAACAAAUAUUAUCAGCUACGUUUAUGUCGAUGACUGUGAAGAUCAUAGUCGGCGUUUUGUGAUCAUCUAUUUGAAUGAUGAAUCAAUAUUAACUUUUGCUUUUGGUGAUUCUUUACAUGGCUUGACGCCGAGGUAUUGGGAUAAAAGCACCAUCAAAAAAUUACAAAAACAAGCAAAAGAAAAUGGUAAUACCGAAAUAGUUUUAGAUGAUUGGAGUAGUUACGGUCAAUAUACGGCAUUGUUUGAUCCGAUUACAUUCAUUCUGUACGCUGUUAGAAUUGAACUAGUCUCGGAUACAUCGAAAACUGAAGAAACAGUAUUACUCCCACUAAAACAAAUUAAAUAA